GUAUGUCUGUGUGUGUGUGUGUGUGUGUGUGUGUGUCGCUCACCGUGCACACGCUGCACUGUGAAAACACUAGUCUGCGCGUGCACUCCUCCAAUCAAUAACACGUUAACAUAUUCCUGGUGCGUAUCGAUUCAGUCACGUGAAAGGCGUCUAGGAAGUCCAACUAUGUCAAAUCGUGACGUAACUUUGCGGCGCGAGGAGGAAGCGAAUAGAGGACUGUGAUUCCAGCGAGGCGUCAGGAGGACGCGUAAGUUAACUUGUAGAUCAUCAGUAACGUGUGGGUGGGACCGCGCGAGAAGGACACGUACAGGUGAGACGCGACCAGGUAACGGGACGCACGCGAGUUAACUUUUCACCGACCACGCGACGUCGUUACAAAGCGAGCCGACCUCCGUAAUGACGUCACGCGCAGCUGACGUCAGUUGGUAUCUAAACAACCGGCCACGUCAAACGUCUGGAAACAACCAUCUGGCGAUACCGAUGGCACUGGCCUCUGACGUCACCACCCAACGCCGUCUCACUACCGACGCGCAUGACGUCCACCGCGCGGCGAGAGCCGUUGUCUGGUCGACGUUAGACGUCUGGCUGACGUGGUUCUAACGGCGAACGUGAGCUGCUGCUGGUCGUCACACCGGAGCUAACGCUAAGCUAGCAUCACAGCUGGCUCGUGCUAACUAUCCAGCUGUGUAACGGCAGCGACUGUAUGAACCGAAUGGAACCAAACCCUAACUUCUUACUCUCUCUCCCCCUCUUCUCCCCCCCUCAGAGCGCUGCGGGGGUCGUGCAGGGCUGCAGACUCGGGUGGGCGAUGACCUCUCUGUGGUAGCCUGUCCUCAGCCUGUCCUCAGCCUGUCCUUAGCCUGUCCUCAGGUGGAGGCCCUGCAUGGCGUGCCCGGUGCACUUCUUCUGCCGGGGGCUUCGCACCGUCGGAUUGGUUCUCUUUUACUACGUCUUCUCUAUAGGCAUCACCUUCUAUAACAAAUGGCUGAUGCAGGGCUUCCACUAUCCCCUCUUCAUGACGUUAGUUCACCUCGCCAUCAACUUUUGCCUGUCGGCUCUGACGCGACGGGCCAUGACGCGCUGGACGGGGAAACCUCGCACCGUUCUGAGCUGGAAGGACUACCUCCGUAAAGUGGCUCCCACGGCUUUGGCCUCAGCACUUGAUAUUGGGCUUUCCAACUGGAGCUUCCUCUUCAUCACCAUUAGCUUGUACACCAUGACCAAGUCUUCAGCGGUGCUCUUCAUCCUGUUUUUCUCCCUGGUUUUUAAACUAGAGGAGCCGAACCCAUUCCUGAUCCUGGUGGUCCUGCUGAUCUCCUGUGGUCUGUUCAUGUUUACAUUUGAGUCGACUCAGUUCAAUCUGAAGGGCUUCACCAUGGUGCUGGUGGCGUCCUUCAUAGGUGGGAUCCGCUGGACCCUCACGCAGGUCCUCAUGCAGAAAGCAGAGCUGGGCCUGCAGCACCCAAUAGACGCUUUGUACCACCUGCAGCCUCUCAUGUUUGCCGGCCUCUUUCCCCUCUUCCUGUAUAAUGAAGGACUCAGCCUCAGUACCUCAGAGAAGUUAUUCCGGGGGACGGAGCUCUUGCCCGUCCUGUAUUCAGUGAGCACGCUGAGCGCCGGCGGGUUGCUGGCCUUCGGUUUGGGCUUCUCAGAGUUCCUGCUUGUCUCCCGGACCUCCAGCCUCACGUUAUCCAUAUCAGGGAUCUUUAAGGAGGUGUGUACGCUCAUUUUAGCAGCGGCUCUGAUGGGAGACAGAAUGAGCAUGCUUAACUGGCUGGGCUUCGCCGUGUGUCUGUGUGGCAUUUCACUGCACGUAGGACUCAAGACAUAUUAUUCCAAAAAUAAAGGAUCGUCUUUAAGGCAGCUCAACAGUAAGAGCCCGGAGCUCUCGUUGCCACUACUGGGGCAGAGCGAAGACGACCGAGGCGAUUCGGCUGUUGAAUAUGAAGACGAGGAACAGGAAAUCACGCUGCACUGAAGUCCAGAUCUUCUUCACACUACAGAGUUGGGACACACAGGCACCAAAAGAGGGAACAGUGUCCUCUGCUGUUUGUCUUUUCUUCCCCCGGUCAUGGCUUCGGGCCUGGCCCAUAACGGGCCCUCCUAUUAAAGCUGUGCAUUGACUCUGGACUUGACAGUUAUGCUCUUUUGCCUUAAGGGACUUUCAAAAACAUAGUUAAUACAAGCAAGAGUCUGCAAAGGAUGAUGUAUGUGGAGCGAGAGGCGGCCGAAGGGAUACUUUGACAGUAUUGUAACAGGUUGUUUCCUUUCUCUGCACUUGUCACACGUUGGGACUUCAACGCUUCAUGCUUUGUUAUAAAUGCUGAUAUACUUAUGUGUGUUCAUAACAUUCUGUGAAGGCCCCUACAGUGUAAGCUGUUAGGGAAUGGAGGAACAAAUGUAGAAAGUGACUAAUUAAGUGUCUGGUUAUUGAUACAUUAACUUGAAUGAUCUCUUUUGAUUACAUAAAUUGGUAAAUCUGCUGGUAAUUUCCAUGAUUAAUUAUUUUUCUGGUCAAAAAUAUUCUCAGAAUAAACACAAAGAAAAUGAACCUUUACAAUUUUCUAAA